UUUUCUAUGACAAGGACGGGGCACAAGCUGUAUGGUUACGUCAUCUCUCGCAUACUUCUACUUACUUAAAAGUUUACACAAAUGAGUAGAGUUGAAAGUGUGAAUAUCGAGUGUGUGUGGUUUUUCUGGGUUGGGAUUUACCCCCGGGGUGGACUUUGACUCGCUUUCCCAGCAUGCCUUGCGUGUUGCUAGCGAGAAGGAGUGACUGUGUAGAAAAAUCGGCCGGCCGACGCUUUUCAACAUUCAACCGAGUGCUCGCUCGCUACUAUGCAUUUGAAUAGUUCCAAAUAAGAAUAAACGACAACAAGCGCGGAAGGUGACGUUUGUUGCUCCAGCGAUGCCGCUCUUCGCCACUAACCCAUUCGACCAAGAUGUUGAGAAAGCAACCAGUGAGAUGAACACAGCGGAAGACUGGGGCCUCAUCUUGGACAUUUGUGAUAAGAUAGGACAGUCACGUAAUGGGCCCAAAGAAUGUCUGCGCUCAAUAAUGAGACGUGUGAAUCACAAGGACCCCCAUGUGGCCAUGCAGGCACUCACUCUUCUUGGUGCAUGCGUGUCCAACUGUGGCAAGAUCUUUCACCUGGAAGUGUGCUCUCGAGAGUUUGCCAGUGAAGUCAGCAACGUCUUAAAUAAGGGUCACCCUAAAGUGUGCGAGAAGCUGAAGGCGCUGAUGGUGGAGUGGGCCGAGGACUUCCGCAGCGACCCCCAACUCAGCCUGAUCUCGGCCAUGAUCAAGAAUCUGCGCGAGCAGGGCGUCACGUUUCCCAUGGUGGGCUCUCAGGCGGCAGAGCAAGCGAAAGCCAGUCCCGCCCUGGUGGCAAAGGAUCCCGCCACCUCCUCAAACAAGAAAGAAGACGACGACUUGGCCAAAGGUAAAGCUAUCGAGCUAUCCUUGAAGGAGCAGCGGACGCAGGGCCAGGCGUCCUUCUCCGGCCUCUACCCCAGCACCUCGGCACUGAUGCCCGUGCACAAGUCUGACGGGCGCAAGGUGCGCGCCAUCUACGACUUCGAGGCGGCCGAGGACAACGAGCUCACCUUCAAGUCGGGAGAGAUCAUCACCGUCCUGGACGACAGCGACCCCAACUGGUGGAAAGGGGAGACGUAUCAGGGGGUGGGCCUCUUCCCCUCCAAUUUUGUCACGGCUGAUCUCACCGCAGAACCCGAAAUGAUUUCUGCUCUUCUCACAGUGAAGACGGAGAAAAAGACGGUGCAGUUUAGCGAAGACGUUCAGGUGGAGACCAUCGAGCCGCAACAGGAGCCCGUUUUCAUCGAUGAGGACAAAAUGGACCAAUUACUGCAGAUGAUUCAGAGCGCAGACCCCACGGACAACCAGUCAGACAGUGUUGAGUUGCUCCAGCUGGAAGGAGCCUGCAAUCAAAUGGGGCCCCUCAUUGACCAGAAACUGGAGGACACAGACCGGAAGCACUCUGAGCUGUCGGAUCUCAACGUGAAGGUGAUGGAAGCCCUGUCGCUCUACGCCAAACUCAUGAACGAAGACCCCGUCUACGCCAUGUACGCCAAGCUGCAGAGUCAGCAGUACUAUAUGCAGCAGCCCCCCGCCGCCGCCACGCAACAGCAGGUGUACCCCGCCGCGAGUUCGUACGGGAUGAGUGGCGGCGGCGGCGUGCCCGGUUACAACGUGCCCGUGGAGCAGCUCCAAGGCCAGCAGCCCGUACCCGGACACAGCGAGGCCCACCUGUACAUGGCUCAGCCUGGUGUCUACGCCGCGCCGGGUGCCAUGCCGCCGGCCGACGCGCAGGCCUACUCGCUUCCCGGCCCCGCCAUGCAGACGCUGCCUAACUAUGGCACCCCCUCGGGCCAGAUGCCGCCACCCUCCGCAGAGCCUCCUCAAGCCCCCUACUCAGAAAAGGCCUUACUAUAGGCCCUCCCCCGAACAAACGCUCAUUGACACCAAAAGUCAGCGUAGUUGUGCCAGAUCAAACAUCUCCAAUGUUUUAUUUUGACAAUGCUGGAAUCCAAGGUAAAGUUGCCGACCUCCCAAUUCUCCAACGUAGUGAAAAUGAGCACAACGACCCGUGUAUUUGCUGCAGAAUAUUAAACCAAUUACUUGCGUAUAUGAGAUGUGAUUCUCAAUUUAAAAAGUUCAAUCCGUUGUAAUAUGUGCUUCAACAGAAACAGCAAUAACAGUCCCAGGUCAAUUUGUCCCAAAGCAUCAGAGGUAAGAAAGAAAAUAUUUCUUACAUAAAUUUAGCUAAAUCAUUUCAAGUCAGUUUUUUUUUUUCUUCAAAAUGAUCAAUUAUAAUCUUGUAUGAACACCACAUUAUUCCAGAAAUCAGAAUGAUCCCCUCAUUAGAAGUCCAUAACGGUGUGACUUGUGCUUUUUUCCCGAUGUCUGGGAGAAUUGGAAGAGUUGCGCACCACUGUUCUAUUUAGUUGCACUUUUUUUGUGUGUUUUGUCGUCCGGUCAAAACUCUCCAAAAACUAACAGCCUUUGUAUUCACACUACUGUGCUAACCGCGUCGUACAAAAGUGGCAUCGACUGUCUACAUUUUGUAUGUUUUGUUUCCAAGUACGGAAAACUGGCACCACUUUUAUUUUUUCGUCUUUUCUGGGGUGAGGUGAGCAAAGCAUGCACAUGGCUUUUGUAAAUAUUGUUAGCACAGUUAGCGCUCAGCCUCAGAGUACUAAGUGGAAGAAGAAAAAAAAAAAUUAUCCAUAACUUUCUUUUUCUUUUGUAGAGUAUUUUUAAUUUAUCUGUCGAUUGUUAUGCUAUUUACAAAAUGACGAGAAACGGGGGCAAGAGGAUGUACGUAUUCCGGGAAGAGCGGGACCACGGGUGAUGUUCCCAUUCUGUAAGUUGUACAUUAUGGAAGGAAGAAAAUGUCUUCACUUCGCCGUUUGUGAUUGUCAUAUUGUCGGAUGAGAACACAAACAAACCUCCUUUUGCGCAUUUCAAAGUGAAACUAAGUCACGAGUUUAAUUCCUAGCCCAUGCCGUGUACCCGACUUUCUUCCACACAAGGCUUACUGGUGUAGAUGUUAGCAAUGACUGGAAAUGAAGUCAUUAACUUGAACUGGAGUUUCAUUUUGCCUUGUUCAUUUGUAUGAAAUUUGAUUGAGGUGUAAUAACAAAUUAAGGUGUUGGACUGAAAGCCAAGUGGAACAUGCUGCCUUUUUUUUUUUGUCAUACAACAUGCAUACAGUGAUUUUUUUUAGUUUUUUUUUUUUUUUAAAAAACAACUCAUACCCUGCUCUUUGUAAUGCAUUCUUUAAAACACACUUCUCAAUUGGUAUUCACAAUAAAACGACAAACAGGCAAAAUGUAUAGAACAA